AUGUUGAAAUCAACUGAAUUGAACACCAUCGCUCCCAUCAUCUCCAACUUCUUCCUCUGCUCAUACGCUCUCAUCAACUUCAGCUGCUUCCAUGCCUCCAUCACCAACUCACCAGGCUGGCGUCCGUCCUUCAGGUUCUACAGUAAGUGGCUGUCGCUGCUGGGCUCCGUGAUUUGUGUGGUCAUCAUGUUCCUGCUGACCUGGUGGGCGGCCCUCAUCGCCUUCGGCGUCGUCUUCUUCCUUUUGGGAUACACGCUCUACAAGAAGCCCGCCGUGAACUGGGGCUCCUCGGUGCAGGCGAGCUCCUACAACAUGGCCCUCAGCCAGUGUGUCGGUCUUAACCACGUGGAGGACCACGUCAAGAACUACAGACCCCAGUGUCUGGUGCUGACCGGUCCUCCCAGCAGGCGUCCAGCUCUGGUGGAUCUCGUCACCUGUUUCACAAAGGAUCUCAGUCUCAUGAUGUGCGGCAAUGUCGUGACUGUGAGUCCCACUGAAUCAGCGGAGCAGGCGAGCAGCGGCAGCCAUGUUUCCUGGCUGAACCAACGGAAGGUCAGGUCCUUCUACAGAGGCGUGGUGGCUGCAGAGCUGCGGUCAGGAGCCAACAUGCUGCUGCAGGGGGCAGGUUUGGGUCGUAUGAAGCCAAACGUUUUACUGAUGGGUUUCAAGAAAGACUGCCGCACACCUCAGGCUGCACACAACUACAUAGGACUACUACAUGAUGCAUUUGACCUGCAGUACGGCGUGUGCAUACUGAGGUUGCCAGAGGGACUGGAUGUCUCUCAUUCAUCUCAAUCAUACGUUAAUCCACGAUUAGAUGGAAGACAAGAGGGCAUAAACACUAUGUCUGCCCCUUCUCACUUUCAAACAACAGAUAUGUCUUCCGCCCCCACUGGAGCCGAGCCUCAGCGCAGCACGGUGUUCCAGAAGAAACAAGGGAAGAAAACCAUCGAUGUGUACUGGCUGUCUGACGACGGAGGCCUCACCCUGCUGCUGCCCUACCUGCUGACUCGGAGGAAGCGCUGGGCCCGAUGUAAGGUCCGCGUGUUUGUGGGCGGAGCUUCAGAAAACAAGGAAGCCCAGAGACAAGAGAUGUUGGCGCUGAUCAAGAAGUUCCGUCUUGGUUUCCAUGACGUCGAAGUUCUUCCUGACAUCUACCAGAACCCCCGGCCUGGAAGUGUGGCUCAGUUUGAGAACAUGGUGGGUCGCUUCAGACUGGAUCCACAUCUCAAACACGACUCUGACUCACGGACACAGGAGGAGGAGGAGGGAGGAGGCGUGGAGGAGGCGUGGAGGAUCACGGACCAUCAUGUGAAGAGGAACCAGGCCAAGUCUCUCCGUCAGAUCCGUCUCAGCGAGGUUCUGCAGCUCUACUCCAGGGAAGCCGCUCUGGUCGUGAUCACCAUGCCGGUGGGGACCAGAGGGGUGUGUCCCAACGCUCUGUACCUGGCGUGGCUGGACGUCUUGUCACAUGAUCUGAGACCUCCAGUCCUGUUGGUCAGAGGAAACCAGGAAAAUGUCCUCACCUUCUACUGCCAAUGA